UCUUUCCUAAUCCCUACACGUGCCUACCAUCUCUUGUUCUCGCUCGCUCCGAACUCAACUCUCCUCUGGGGUUUCUUCUCUCACAUUUGCUAUUGCAACAACACAAGUACAUACAACUUGAAAAACUGAAAGGUUGCAGUAUGGGUGACUUGAUAUCAUUGGGUUAAGGUGUUUCACUCCACCAAAUGCAGCAUGUAGUAGCAGAGCUUGCAGACUGUCAUAAAAGCUUAGCCUCACUAUUUGUACUAAAAUCAUUGACGAAAGCUAGUUAGCAAAAAUUAGUACUGGGUCCAGGUGCAACCUUAACCAGACAUUGUCCAUACUUCAUAAGAAGAAAGCACAAGUAAAAGCUAUCAAGAAAAUAUGCGGAAAUGAUCUAGAACCAGACUAAAACAUGUUACAUAGUGGAUGUUUUACAUCGACCAGAAGAGAGAAGACCAAUUUAAAAUAUAAAAAUAGAGAUGGAGACCAUUGGUUCUGUGGAUGACCUCUUGGAUUUUUCGUUGGACAUAGGCGAGGAAGAUGAUGACGAAGACAAACACAGGAAAUCCUGUCCUUCACUUAACUCAAAAUGUGGCAACCCAUCAUUGUUUAACUCAUUGGUACCAGAUGAUCCGAACCAUUCAUAUUCUUGCUUCUGUUAUGCAAAAAGAGAAACAAUUUAUGAAUAUAUGGUUUGAUUGGAAUCAGCUGAAGUUGGAAUUUGAACCGGUGGCUUGGGUGAGUGAAUUGCAGAAGGAGUUUGUCGAAGAGGAGCUUGAAUGGCUAUCCAACAAAGAUGCAUUUCCUUCUGUUGAAACAUUUGUUGACCUAUCGUGUAUUCAACCUGAUACAGCCAAGAUCAAAAAAUCAACCCCAGUAACAAGCCCAGUACUUGAGGACAGCACAGGCAGUAGCAACAGUAAUAACAGCAGUAACAGUAUUUCUCUCCUAAACAGUUGUGAUCACCUUAAGGUCCCAGUUCGUGCACGAAGCAAGAGACGCAGUAGGUGUCGCCCUGGCAUUGCUGAUGAAAACUCUGGUCAGCAAGUCUGGUGGAGACAACCAAGUAAUGAAAUUUCCAAGGCAGAAGAAGGGAUGAAAAUCUCACCAAUUGGGAGGCAAUGUCAGCACUGUGGAGCUGAAAAAACUCCACAGUGGCGGGCAGGUCCCCUUGGGCCAAAAACACUUUGUAAUGCAUGUGGGGUUAGGUUUAAGUCUGGUCGGCUUGUGCCUGAAUACCGUCCUGCUAGUAGCCCAACUUUUCGUAGUGAUUUGCAUUCUAAUUCCCAUAGGAAGAUAGUAGAGAUGAGGAGGCAGAAGCAAAUGGGAAUGGGAUAAAUGCAAAGUGGUAGUGCCGUUAGCAUUCAGCAAGCUAGGACUUAGAGAUUUGAUUUUCUUUUUGAUUUUGAUUUAUUCUAAUUUAAUUUUUUGUUCACUUCUGCUAUGGGUUGGUUUUAGACAGGGAAGUCAAAAUUCUUGAUUGAAAAUGAAGUUAGGAAUGUCUUAAAUUGCUUGUGUAUUUGUUAUGCAGAAAACAAGGAAGCCAAAUUGGGAUAAUUUGAUUUGGCUAUUUUUUAAGGUUGUAACAUGUAGAGGUAAGUUGCUGGAAUGAUGAUUAUGGUCCCUUUUCC